AUGGAGGACAAGGAGGAGGAGAAUGCCGCCGUGCUGGCGCUGUAUCCACGGGCUCACGAGCUCCCUGCCAGGGCUCCUCCAGCUCACGAGACGAAUUUCACGCACUACUUCGCGCUUGAUGUGGGAGGUAAGGAAUUUCACGAUCAGUACCUCUACCGCCAUGGAAACGGACUGUGUGUUGUAGGACUGGCUCCCUCUCAUUUGGCUUUGCGCUCUCCAUCGAAGAUCAAAAUCGUAGACUACGAUGUUGGAAAGAAGAGCCGUGCUGACAUGAAAGCCAGUGGAAGGAGAAAAAAGGAUGCGCAAGUUCUAGAAGAGAAUUCAUCCCUGUGCAAAGUUUCCUCGGAGGAUGCCGAGUUUCUAGUGAGGUGUUGCAUAAGAGGGCAACUUCUAGAGGUGAACGAGCGCUUGACAAGCGAUCCUUCGCUACUAUCUCGUAAACCAGCCUCGCAAGGCUACAUUGCGAUUCUAAUGCCAAAGCCAGAAGCAUGGAAAAAGGCCGAGAAAUCACUCCUCACUCGAGAGCAAUACAAGCAGCAAAGAAUGCAACAGGAAUGAUCAUCUAUCCAUCUCUUCUCCAAUUUUUUGCA